AUGAAGGUCUUUGCAUACAUCGCCCUUGCCACCGUCGUUGCUGGCGCAAACAUCAGAAACCACUUCGGAGAUAACUGCAAGGGUGGCUAUCUCGAUUACCCCAACAUUGCCCAACGAAUUUGCGCUAGCGCCCUCCAUGACAAGAUUAAGGGUGCAGUCACUGUUGCCUUCUCCCAGUUGCCCCAACACUCUUAUAUGAACGGUUAUCAAAACACUCGUGACGGCGGUAUCUGCGGUUCGCGCCAGAAGCAGCAGAAUGUCGGAAAUACGGACCACAAGUGUCUGCCUAAGCUGGCCGGUGGCGCCGAAUAUGCUGGCAGCAGCUGGACUGCUCCUGGGUUCAAGGCUGCGAGUGAGAAGGAUAUGGAAUGCACCAGCGAGAUGGCACCUCACGCCCUUGUCCUGAACGACGGACACAAGUAUGCCCUCGGUGGUAUGGAGAAGGACAUGAUCAAUACGCUCUAUAGCAUGGCAAUCGAAGGAAAGGGCUUCCAGGAGUUGCCAACCGAGUUUGGAGCAUUUGAAAUCGAGAAGGAAGGUGCCCAGCAGCGCGCUCAGGAGAUCAAGGCUUAG